GAAGAUAGUAUUCCAAGGACAUUGGUCGACCACGGUCAGGACUCUGCGCACGCGGCAUCGUCAAGGAAGGGCGUUGCGACGAAAAUGAGCACUCAGGACGAAUGGUCGUCGUUCAAGCUUGUGGACAAACACGUGACGUCGAUUGCACCCGAGGCGACGUUCGAUGCCAAGUCGGAAGAGAUCAAAGAAGACAUUUUGCGGCUCAUCGUGCAGUACCUUCAAAACGAAGGCUAUACGAGUGCAUCGGCGACGAUCUUGGACGAAGCGAACGUCAAGAUCAUGGAGAAGCAUCAAGAGCGAGAGAUGGUGCGUAAGAUCAGCAAGAGCAUCAAGGAAGGCGACUGGGACUUGGUCGCGAAGAUGAUCCACAAAAACUCGAACCUGCGCAAGGUCAAGUUCCAUUCACAACAAGGUCUUGGGUUCCUGUACGCCGUGUGCAAAGAAGAGUACUUGGAGCUCAUCGAUCGACAAGAGUAUCAGAAAGCAUUCACGUACUUGACCACGCACUUGAAGCCCAUGGAGAAGGUCAGCGGGCGCCAAGAGUUCAAGGACCUGUGCUAUCUGCUCACGUGCAAGUCCAUCACCGAAGUUGAGUCGUUUCGAGACUGGGAAGGCGUGGUCAAGUCACGCGAAAAGCUGGCCGAACAACUCAAGGCCACUUUUGAGCUGGACGCGGUGCCCACAGAGAACGUCAACAUCCCCGACAACCGCCUCGUGAACCUGCUGCAUCAGAGCGUCGCGUACCAGAUGGAGUUCAGCCGAUACCAUCCCAAGACCGUGCCCAAAGUGUCGACGCUGCUGCGAGACUUUGAGUGCCAAGUGCUUCCAAACGCGGUCAAGACGACCUUUGUCGGACACAGCCAAAACGUCAAAUGCGUGACGUUUGUGGGCCGCGAGGGCACGUACAUUGCAUCAGGGUCGAGUGACAACCUGAUCAAGCUGUGGAGCACCGAGCCGCGCCACGGACAACCCAUCAACACGGUGGCGUGGGACUUGCAUGGUCAUUCGUCGCGUAUAUGGUACUUGAGUGCCAACAGUGCUGGCGACCACGUGUACUCUGCGUCGGGGGACGGCACAGUCAAGGUGUGGAACGUCCGGAACGCCAUCUCGUACUUGGGGGACGUCGACGGAGCCAGCAACCCGCCGCCGUCCAACAACUCGGACUGCAUCUCUACCCUCACGGGCCAUUCCGGCGACGUGUACACGGUCAAUAUCCACCCGAACGAAACGCACUUGGUCACGGGCGGGUACGACCAAACGGUGCGGCUGUUUGACAUCCAAACGGGCGCUGUGGUCAAGACGUUCGUUGGCCACAGCGCGUCCGUGUGCGACGCGCAGUUCAAUCGGCAUGCGAAUCUGGUCGUGAGCGGGUCCAAGGAUGGCACGGUAUGUUGUUGAAGAUAUAUAUAUAAAUAUAUUUCGGAUAUUGAUAGGUUCGGUUUUGGGAUAUUUUGAGUGGGCUGUGCGUGCACACGGUGCGGCAGACGCUGGGGGAAGUGACGUCCGUGUCGCUAUCAUCCAACGGGCUGUUCGUCCUCACCGGAUCGAGGAACAACAGCAACCGGCUGUGGGACAUGCGCAUGCUCACGCAUCCCCGCACGGCGUUGUCCACGAAGGACACCAAGAAUCCAGCGCCGUCGAUCGCGACGGAGCAACGACCUUUGCAGCGCUUCAAGGGACAUCAAAAUACGGCCAAGAACGUGGUGCGGGCGUCGUUUGGGCCCAGGGAAGCGUUUGUGCUUGGGUACGUGCGUCGUCGAGUAUGUCUUUUGGGAGGUUUUUUUUUUGCCGAGAUUUGGGAAUGUAGUGGAUCGGAGGAUGGGGCGGUGUACGUGUGGGACGUGGCGACGGGUAAAUUGCUGGAAAAGUUGCUUGGCCACAGCGGCGUCACGUACAGUGCCAAGGUAACGUACACAAGGAAUUCUAGUGUAUGGAUACAUAUGGGGGUUGUAGUGGCAAGAAAAGCAGGCGCUGAUGGCAUCGUGUUCGCACGAUGGAACAGUCAAGACGUGGUGGUGGCACGAGCAGCAAAUGCUGGCCAAGAAGAGAUAGACUGGUCGUCUUUGACUGUGUCUAGUACUACUACCAAGGAUCAAGACUACUAGCGUUAGUUAGGAUUUUAUGCAUGAAAUGUGAUUCUUCUGCGUAAUACUACGCUUUCAAGUAAGUGGA